AUGUGUCCGCUGGUGCGAUACACGACUUCUAAUGCGGCUGGAGUGCACUCACCACGCUCAGGCAGCACGCGCUGGUGGACUGGCAACGCCGCCGGUGCAUGUGCUGCUGCUGUGAGAGUGCUGCUGCCUUCGCCCUGCUCUCCCCCCACUACCCACCUUCCCCUCACUACAUAUCCCCUCCCCUCACCCCUCUCUGCGACUCCUGCCUCUGCGUCCUCUGUGCUGAUUAUCUUAUCUCUCAGCUACUCCCUCACACCGGCAGGGGUGGCUGCAGCUCAGAUGUGCAUGGAGAGAGCAGGGCUGCAGGCAGGUGUGUGUGGGGAGAGGGAUGAAGGGGGAGAGGGACCCUCUCGUGCAGCCAUCAGAUGCUCCACCAUCCUCUACCGCUCUGCCACCCUCCACCACCGCUCUGCCAUCCGCCCCUCCACCAGCAGCUAUGCCUCCAUUAAAUCCACCCGCCCACCAGGUAAACCACUGUCAUUUCCCACUUUUUCUUCCCUCUCAAUACGCAUUCGGUUCCUCCCUCCCCUCCCUCCUCCUGCAUCCCCUUCCUCAUGCCUGCUUCCUCCCAUGCCUGCUUUCUUCCUCCCAUGCCUGCUUUCUUCCUCUCAUGCCUGCUUUCUUCCUCCCAUGCCUGCUUUCUUCCUCCCAUGCCUGCUUUCUUCCUCCCAUGCCUGCUUUCUUCCUCCCAUGCCUGCUUUCUUCCUCCCAUGCCUGCUUUCUUCCUCCCAUGCCUGCUUUCUUCCUCCCAUGCCUGCUUUCUUCCUCCCAUGCCUGCUUUCUUCCUCCCAUGCCUGCUUUCUUCCUCCCAUGCCUGCUUUCUUCCUCCCAUGCCUGCUACAGCAGAGGAGCAAGAAGAUAGACCCAAUAUUUGGAGGCAGGAGGCAGGAUUCACAACAGUCCACCCACCUCUCACCACUCCCCACCUACCUGCCAUCGCCACCCUUGCUCCUCCCAUCAUCAUCACCCACCUGCCUCUCACUCGUGGAGACGGUUGACAUUCGCCUGCCCCCGCUGGCGAAGGGGCAGCGCUUCUGUGAUGCGUACCGCGUGGUGCUGCUGAUUGACAGCCGGGAGAAGGGCUCAACAGUCUUCCCUUUCCUCAACUCCUUGUCAUCUUCUCCCCCCCCUUCCACUCCCAUCUUCUCUCCUUACCUUUCUCCUCACUCCCUCUCUGCAUGCUCAUAUGGCCAACCAGGCAAGUGGAAAAGCUUCCUGCGCAGGUACCUUGCCUCGCUGCCUCGCCUUGCCUCUGUGCCUCGCCACUGCGCUCUGCUAGUGGGCUUUGCCGCUGUGCUAGUGGGCUUUGCCGCUCUGCUAGUGGGCUUUGCCGCUCUGCUAGUGGGCUUUGCCACUCUGCUAGUGGGCUUUGCGGGCUUUGCCGCUCUGCUAGUGGGUUUUGCUGCUCUGCUAGUGGGCUUUGCCGUUCUGCUAGUAGGCUUUGCCACUCUGCUAGUCGCAUCUCUGCCUGUGGGCGACGUCCUCUGGGUGGCUCAGCCCUCACCUCACCCUCACCCUCAUUCACUGCACCUCCCACCACCCUUAUCUGAAAGUUCUCAAAAGCCCCAUCCCUCUCCAUCGUGGCUCCUGCCUGCUGCCAUCACCAUCAGGCCGCAGCACUGCCUAAGCCCCUUCCCCACCUUCCCCGCUCCCGAAUGCUACCAUCAGGUCGCAGCACUGCCUGUGGGCGAUGCCCUCUGGGUGGCUCAGCCCCUCACUCCUCCCACCUCAUCCGCCACACCUCCCUCCACCUCCUCUUCCUCCUCCUGUCCUCCCUCUUCCAUCCCGCCGUCCUCCUCCUCUGCUGUCCCCCCAUCCGCUCUCCCUGCUGCUUCCGCGUCUCCUGCACUGCCCGGCUCUCUGUUCUGCUUGGAGUGGGUAGCGGAGCGCAAGAGAGUGGACGAUUUGUGGCAGUCAAUCAAGUCAAAGCGAUUCAAGGACCAGAAACUGAGGAUCAAGCACUGCGGUCUUCGCCGCCCAAUCUACGUAGUGGAGGGCAAUCUGGACGCCAGCAAUGGCGCGGAGAGCCUGCGCACGGCGUCCGUCCAAACUCUAGUGCAUGAUGGCUUUGACGUGCAUCACACCACGUGCAUCGCACACACCCGCCGCCAUUACGCCCAUCUCACUCGGGCCAUCGCUGACAUCUGCAACCGCCUCUCCACCGCUGAUAGCUGCAAUGACCGCUCCACCACCCUCCGCUGCUCACCUUCCACACUCCAUGCUACAACACCCUCCCUCCUGCAUCGCGACUGCUGCGUCACCUUUGACCAGUUUCUGGAUGAGUGCCGCUCCUCACAGGCUCUCUCCGUGGGGGAUGUCUUCGGCCACAUGCUGCUGCAGGUGCGCGGCCUCACGGUGGAUAUGGCUACUGCCAUCCUCCGCCGCUACCCCUCCCUGCCCGCCCUCCACGCUGCCUACACCUUUCUCGAGGGAAACCGGGAGGCACAUGAACGACUGCUGUGUGGUGUGCAUGUGAAGGGAAAGGCUGUUGGUGCUGCCAUCAGUAAGCGGGUUUAUGAGCUCUUAUGUACACCAACCUAA